UCACUCUGUCAUCUUAUAAUACACGUUACCUUCACUAUAACUUGAUUUUGCAUUGACCGGUGUUUAGAAAUAAUAUUUUAAAUAAAAAUAAUGAUACUUUCUUCGUAUAACAGGCUAAUGCAUUUGCUCGCGUUUAUUAUUUGCACCUUUCUAAUAUGUGCUCAUUCCGAUGUUCCGAGACCUCGCGGAGUUUCUCUAUCGAAAGCGUCGCUGUAUUCGCCGACGAAAGACUUCACCUGUUUCGACGGAACUGUUACAAUUCCGUUUAGCUAUGUAAACGACGAUUACUGUGACUGCUUCGACGGCAGCGACGAGCCAGGAACCUCGGCGUGCCUGAACGCUGUGUUCCAUUGCACAAACGCAGGUCAUCGGCCACAAAACAUUCCGAGUUCGCGCGUCAACGACGGAGUGUGCGACUGUUGCGACGGAACCGACGAGUAUGCGGGGCCCGACGCCUGCCCGAACACCUGCGAGGAGCUCGGCCGAGAGGCCAGGGCCGAGGCUUUCAGGCUAGCCGAGCUACACAAAGAAGGAAGCCAGAUCAGAUUAGAGUUUAUCGAAAAAGGUAACAAAAAGAGAAACGAGAUGGCAGAACAGUUAGCCCAAUUAGAAAAAGACAAAUCAGAGGCUGAAACGAUCAAAGCAGAAAAAGAAGCAAUUAAAAAUGAAUUAGAGCUGAAAGAGAAUGAAGCCCUUAAAGUGUACAGGGAGGCAGAGGAGAAAGAAAAACAAAAGAAAGUUGAAGAGGAGAAUCAACAAACCAUUAAGGAUGCCACAGAACAGUUCAACAGGUUUGAUUCAAACCAAGAUGGCCAAUUAUCUGUAGAAGAAAUAAAAGUAGUGAAUGUUUUUGAUAAAAAUAAGGAUGGUGAAGUGGACCAAGAGGAAUAUCAGCAUUUCUUUGGGGAGAGUGAAAAUGUUAAUCUGGAGUCAUUCAUAUCUACCACCUGGCCCAUGUUGAAGCCACUGCUGAUGAUGGAGCAGGGCAUGUUCAAGCCUGCAGAAGAAGAACAUGACUCUGUUCGAGAAACAGAUGCGGAUGACCUGUCCAGGGAGCUAGAGAAUGAAGACUUGGAAGGGGCUGAAGAUGAGAACAUGGAUGAUUCAGACCUGCCUCAUGAAGAAGAUGAUUUGGAACAAGAUCAUGCUAAAGGCUAUGAUGAGGAAACUCAAAUAUUGGUCAAUGAAGCCACUGAAGCAAGACGCCAGUUUACUGAUGCCGAAAGAGCCGUACGUGAGAUUGAGUCUAGCAUUCGAAACAUUCAGCAAAAUCUUGAGAAAGACUAUGGGUUGCAACAGGAAUUUGCAACAUUAGAUGGCCAAUGCUUUGAAUAUGAAGAUAAAGAGUACAUUUACAAACUUUGUAUGUUCCAGAAAAUGACACAGAAGUCCAAGAAUGGAGGCUCUGAAGUUGGGUUAGGUAAUUGGGGUGAAUGGGGAGGCGAAGGGAAUAAGAACUAUUCUGUGAUGAAGUACACUAAUGGUCUGGCCUGCUGGAAUGGGCCAAACAGAAUAACCACCGUGAAUAUACACUGUGGAUUAGAAACUAAGAUGCUGUCAGUCACUGAGCCGUUCCGUUGUGAAUACAAAGUGGAGCUCAGUACUCCUGCAGCUUGUGACAAUAAUGUGUCACAGACACAUUCUGCUCAUGAUGAGCUGUGAGCUACAUACUCACUUUACACUGUGCUUGUUGUAAGUUAGAUGUAUACAUUUUUCAGUCAAUAGUUUUUCACUAAGGAGAAAAUGUCACAACUCUGUUGAUACAUGAUUUUUCUUCAUAACUAAUGUUCAUAAUGAAGGUACCUAGAAGUAGAUUUAAGUAGUAAAGAAAUGUUUCAUUAGUUUAAU